CGCCAUGUCUUUCAUACUUAUCUGGUGGAUGAACUAGGAGAGAGAGCCGUUCACCUUCUAAAAUAAUUGGCCGGGUAAGGAAUUGGAUAUUUUGAUUAAAAAAAAUGUAAUUAUAUUUCCAUGGAGUCUUUUUCCAUCCUAGAGGAAUCUUAACCUUUAAGACUUGUCAAAGAUUUUGAAUUCAAAGUCGACCACUUUGCUCCUUCCAAGCAAAACCUGAAAACAUUGAAUAGUAGACUUCCAAUAGACUAGCAUUGUGCAAUGCUCCUCAAAACUCGCUCUUCCUGCUUCUCCUCCUCUUCUUCCUCCUGCAAAUCAUUGCUGCUUCCUUUGAUGGUUUCCUCUUCAAUGGCUUCCGAGGUGUAAACCUUACUCUCGAAGACUAGUAUUGUGCCAAGCAAUGCUCCUCAAGACUUGUCUCUUCCUUCUCCUCUUCCUCCUCCAACAAACCAUUGCUACUUCCUUUGAUGGUUUCCUCUUCAAUGGCUUCCGAGGUGUAAACUUUACACUCGAAGGCUUCACAACGAUAACUACGACUGGUCUCCUGAUGCUCAACAACAUGACCAAGGAGAUCACCGGCCACGCCUUCCACCCAUCCAAGUUCAACUUCAGGAAUCCCUCUGAUGGCUCCGUCUUCUCCUUCUCCACCACCUUUGCCUUUGGCAUCAUCUCCGUCGACCCCAAUCUCAGCGGCCACGGUAUCGCCUUCGUCAUCUCCCCCACCGAGGACUUCUCCAGAGCCAUCGGAAGCCAAUACCUGGGCCUCUCCAACCUCAGCAGCAAUGGCAACUCCUCCAACCAUCUCUUCGCCGUCGAGCUCGACACCAUCCUCAACCCGGAGUUCCGGGACAUCAACGAAAACCAUGUCGGAGUCGACAUCAACGGCCUGAGGUCCAGCAACUCCAGCCCUGCCGGGUACUAUCCCGACAACGGCCAACCUUUCCACAACUUAACCCUCUGGAGCGGUCAAGUAAUGCAAGUUUGGGUUGACUACGACGGCAGGGAGAGGCGAGUUGAUGUCACCUUGGCUCCGGCGUCGAUAGCCAAGCCAAAGAAGCCUCUGUUAUCUACCAAAAUUGAUCUCGCCGGAGUUCUGAUGGAUUCCAUGUUCGUCGGCUUCGCCUCUUCCUCCGGGUCUUACUUGACGUCUCAUUACAUUCUGGGCUGGAGCUUCAGCGUCAACGGCACGGCUCAAGCUCUAGACUUCUCCUUGCUGCCGUCGCUCCCUCGCACGAAAUCGAAGAACCGAUCGAAGCUCUUGUAUAUCUUGCUGCCUUUAGCUUCUGCUAUCUUUGUUCUUGUGGCAAUUACCGUUGCUCUGUUGUUCGUGAGGAGGAAGAUGAAGUACGCAGAGGAACUAGAGCAGUGGGAGAUGGAUUACAGCUCCCAUCGGUUCUCCUACAAGGAUUUGCACAGAGCGACGAGAGGUUUCCGGGACAAGGAGUUGCUUGGGAUCGGCGGCUUCGGGAGGGUCUACAAGGGCGUGCUUCCGAGCUCUAGAACGGAGAUCGCCGUGAAAAGAGUGUCCCAUGAGUCGAGACAGGGGAUGAGGGAGUUCGUCGCAGAGGUGGUGAGUCUCGGCCGGCUCCGCCACCGGAAUUUGGUGCCGUUGCUAGGGUACUGCCGCCGGAAACGUGAGCUCCUCCUCGUCUACGACUACAUGCGCAACGGUAGCCUCGACAAGUUCCUCCAUGAUUCUGGCAAGCCGGUGCUGAGCUGGGCGGCGCGGUUAAAGAUCAUCAAAGGCGUGGCGGCGGGGCUUCUCUACCUCCACCAAGAUUGGGAGCAGGUCGUCAUCCACAGAGACAUCAAAGCCAGCAACGUGCUGCUCGACGAGGAAUUCAAUGCGAGGUUGGGAGAUUUCGGCCUUGCAAGAUUGUACGAUCAUGGCGAUGAUCUGACAUCCACCAACGUGGUCGGGACCAUGGGGUACCUUGCGCCGGAGCUCGCUCGGACCGGGAAGUCCUCGACCGCGACCGACGUGUUUGCGUUCGGGACGUUCUUGCUGGAGGUCGUUUGUGGCCGGCGGCCGCUGAGCUCCUCGAUGGGGGAGCAGGUGGUGCUGGUGGAUUGGGUUGUGGAGAACUGGAGAACGGGGUCGAUUACGGCGACGAGGGACGCGAGGAUGGGGGAGGAGGAUUACGAGACCGAGGAGGUGGAGCUGUUGCUGAAGGUCGGACUGCUGUGCUCGCACCCGUUGCCGGCGGCGAGGCCGAGCAUGAGGCAGACGAUGCGGUAUCUGGAAGGGGAGGAGCCACUGCCGGAGCUGUCGCCGACGUACAUGAGCUUCAGUGUUCUUGAGCUGCUUCAUAACGACGGAUUUGACGAUUACCUGAUGUCGCCGACGGCGACGGCGACAGCGACUGCGUCCAGUGUGUAUGUUUCAGGUGAAUAAGAGGAGAGAAUUUCCGAUGACUGGAAUUUGAAGAUUAGGAUAUCAAGUUAAAUAUUUGGAUUGAUUGUUGCCACAGUCAGUGAUUUACUAUGUCCACUUUGGUUCAGCAUGUACAAAUUGGCAAAUGAACUACUGAUCUCUUUAUAAA